AUGCCUGCUGCAGGGGCCCCUGCUGGGGCCCCCCGACCAGCAGCAGCAGCAGCAGCUGCUGCUGCUGCUGCUGCUGGUGGGGUUGGUGCUGGUGCUGGUGGUGCAGCAGCAGCAGCAACUGCUGCAGCAGGAAGGGCCUCUCUAUGGGGGCCCCCACCCCAUAGAAAAGAGCGGCUGCAGCAGGGCCCCGUUGCCCGCAGCAGCAGCAGCAGCAGGCUGGGGAUCGACGAUCCCAGACCCCACACAUUCAGUGUUGUUAGCGGCCGAGGCAUUGCAGAGAGGCCCGCGAGCUCUUCGCUGCUGCUUACUCCUUCAACCCGCAGCAGCAGCAGCAGCAGCAGCAGCAGCAGCAGCAGCAGCAGCAGCAGUAGCAGUUUUGGUGAGUCUCGUUCUGCUUCUAUGGCUGCUGUAGCUGCUGCUGCUGCUGCUGCAGCUGCUGCAGCAGACGGAGCAGCAGCAGCAGCAGCAGCAGCAGAUGAGGAUCCGAGGUUUCCCUUUGGCAGCAGCAAAGCAAUAGAAGAGCUGCUGCAGCAAGUAACCAGAAAGACAGCAGCACUCAUCAAGGGGGGCCCCCAGGGCCCCCAGGGCCCCCAGGGGCCCCAGGGGCCCCAGGGCCCCCAGGACCCCUGGGGGCCCCUAGUACCCUCAGGGGGGCCCCCCCCCCCCCCCUCUCGCCCCCCCCUAAAGCAAAGCCCCUACGGCUCCCUGGAGGGCCUCAGGCGCUACCUCAAGCGCAGCAGCAGCAGCAGCAGCAGCAGCAGCAGCAGCAGCAGGUGGCAGCAGCAGUACCCGAAAGCUGCUGGAAUGCCUUAUCAUCCUUCUCUUACACAGCCAGGGGGCAUGGGGGCCCUCUCUAGUACCCCUAGCGAGGGGCCCCCUGAGGGGGGCCCCCCAGGGGGCCCCCAGGGGGCCCCCCAGGGGCCCCCCCAGGGGCCCCCGCGGCCGCUGCUCGAUAGAGCCAACAGCGCACAGUUCGUUCAACGCCAGCAGCAGCAACAACUGCUGCAGCAGCAACUGCAGCAACUGCAGCAGCAGCAGCAGCAGCAGCAGCAGCAGCAGCAGCAGCAGCAGCAGGGGCCCCUGCUGAAGUCCUUCUCUGCAGCAGCACAAUACGGGCGGCCGCAGCAGCAGCGACAAAACACAAAAAUAAAAAAAGCAAACUGCCCCCAACACCCGCUGCAGCGGCAGCGCGAAGAGCAGCAGCAGCAGCAGCAGCAGCAGCAACAGCAGCCGCAGCAGCCGCAGCAGCCGCAGCAGCAGCAGCAGCAGCAGCAGCAGCAGCAGCAAGCAGCAGUUCCACUCAUACCCAUGGCGCCCUCGAGACAAACCAGCGGAAAUAUGUUACACCCAUGGGACGUCAACGCGCAGCAGCAGCGGCAGCUGCAGCAGCAGCAGCAACUGCAGCAGCAGCAGCAACAAGUGACAGACGAGACGGAGCCAAUCGACUCCUUCGCAAAGACAGGGGCAGAGGGCCCAGCAUCCUCAAAACUGCAGCAGCAGCAGCAGCAGCAGCAACAGCAGCAGCAAGAACAGGAGCAGCAGCAAGAGCAGCAGCUGCAGCAGCAGCAGCAGCAGCAGCAGCAGCAGGAGGUUUCUCUUAUUUCUGAAUUGUCAUCCAGCGGUGGGCACAGCGACUUGGAUCAACUGCUAUGCAGCAGCAGCAGCAGCAGCAGCAGCAGCAGCAGCAGCGACAGCAGCAACAGCAACUCUGCGUCUGCCUCUCCCAGCGCAAGGGGUGAGACAAGCCCUGCUGCUUCUGCUGCUGCAGCAGCAGCAGCAGCAGCAGCAGCAAAUGAACUAGAGGCUCUGCUGCAGCAGCAGCAACAACAACAGCAGCAACAGCAGCAGAAUUGCUGCACUGAAGAUACAGCAGCAGCAAACACCGCAGCAGCUGCUGACCCUACAGCUGCUGCAGCAGCAGACGGGGCCCCCAGCGAGGCGAGGGGGGCCCCUGGGGGCCCCCUGCUGGGGGCCCCCUUGAUGGGGGCCCCCCUGGUGGGGGGGCCCCCACACGAGAAUAGCUGCGACGGGUUUCUGCGUUCGUUUGAGGAGGAGGAGCAGCAGGAGGACUGGUGCUGCUGCAGCAGCAGCAGCAGCAACUGCAGCAACAGCAGCAACAGGAGCUGCAAGAGCUGCAGCAGCAACAGCAGCAGCAGCAGCAGCAAAGACAGACAGUCGAUGCAUGACGUUCGGCUGCAGCUCUCUUGUAUUCAUCAGGAGGUCCUUUCUAUGUGGCAGCACACAUGCGCGCAGCAGCAGCUGCAGCAGGAGCAGCAGCAGCAGCAGCAGCAACAGCAGCAGCAGCAAAUGAUGAUGCAGAGACGCGCGUCCCGCAGCAUGCAGACAAGGGCACUGCAGCAGCAGCAGCAGCAGCAGCAGCAACACCUGCUGCUGCGUGCUGCAGACAACAGAAAGCUGAAGGGGUACCCUUCAGGGGGCCCCCUAACCCUAACAGCAGCAACAGCAGCAGCAGCAGCAGCAGCAGGAACAACACCAGCAGCAGCAGCAGCAGCAGCAGCAGCAGCAGGCUGGAGCCCCUCCUCUCUGCUGCUGCCAGCCACACAGGAGUUGGGUUUCCUCUCUAGAGCAGCAGCUGAGGAGCUCGAAGACAUCAAGCAGCAGCAGCAGCAGCAGCAGCAGCAGCAGCAGCAGCAGCAGCAGCAGCAGCAGCAGAGCUCGUUCCUGCUGCCCUAUGGUCAGGGCCAUACAGCUGAGAGAGCGAGACGAAGACUCCACAAAAAAACAGAGGGAUCCAAAGACAAACAGCAGCAGCAGCAGCAGCAGCAGCAGCAGCAACUGCAGCAGCAGCAGCAGCAGCAGCAGCAGCGGUGUCUUGCUGAUGCAGCAGCAGCACUUUGUUCCCCUGAGAUGCAGCAAAAGCCUCAGCUGGGGCUGCAUGCAGCGACGCAGCAGCUGCAGCAGCUGCAGCAGCAGCUGCAGCACGUCCGCAGCCAGCAAAGCAUCAUUGAAGACAGCAGCAGCAGCAGCAGCAGCAGCAGCGGGGGCCCCCCACCCCUUCAGGGGGCCCCCCCCCUCCCCUCCUCUCCCCAGCAGGGGGGGGCCCCCCAGGGGCCCCCACCUUCCUCGCCCCCGUAUAUGAGUUGUUUUGUAGAGACAGGUGGAAGCAGCCUAUGCAGCAAUAAGCUGCUGCUGCAGUCUCCUCUCCGUGACGACAGCAAAGCCAAGCCUGAGCAGUACCCAUCAGGGGGGCCCCCUGGGGGCCCUCGUGGGGGCCCCCAUCAGGGCCCCCUCUGCGCUGCGGAGAGACAGCUACAGCAGCAAGGAAAUCUGAUUGACUCGCUUGUAUCCCUGACGCAGCAGCAGCAGCAGCAGCAGCAGCAGCAACAGCAACAGCAGCAGCAGCAGCAGCAGCAACAGCAGCACAGCAACGCCAAGAUACAGCUGUGA